CAGGGCAGUAGCCUGCUGCUAGGAAUUGUUCCCUCUAUGAAUAAUUAACUCCUAGCCAGAGGAUGACCUAGGAGGAGGGCUCAGCUAAUAGGGACUUUGGACUUGGGGCAGAGUAUCCAGAGGGCCAGCAUGUGGUUUGCCGAAGAGGCCAUGGCGAGGUGGCAAGGCUGGGCUGCAAGGACUAGAGUGAGAUCAAGCAGCUGUGGGCUUCUCGAAGUCUGCUGGGGCUAUCAAAUGGCUCAUUCUUGCAGCAGCAGCUGUGGGCUCCACCAGCCCUGAGCCCUCAGAACGGUGGCUGUGGGGGGCCUCCUGACUGGCUUUGCAAUAGCCUUACUUGUGCUUUCUCCCCCCUAGGCAGUCAUGGGUGCCAGGCGGUGCUGAGAGCAGUGGGGCAUGGCUGCAGUCCUGCAGAUCGUGCCCCGCUUGGCCCGAGCCCCCUUAUAUCCACUUCUCUGGGGCGCCCGGCUGGCCAGUCGCAUGGCGCUGGCAGAACAGGCUCGGCAGCUGUUUGAGAGUGCUAUAGGGGCUGUGCUGCCUGGCCCCAUGCUGCACCGGGUGCUGUCUUUGGACCCUGAUGGCGGACACCUGAAGGUGCGGGACCGGAGCUUUCAACUGCGGCAGAACCUGUACCUGGUGGGCUUUGGCAAGGCUGUGCUAGGCAUGGCAGCUGCAGCUGAGGAACUGCUGGGCCAGCAUCUCGUGCAGGGUGUGAUCAGCGUUCCCAAGGGCAUCCGUGCUGCCAUGGAGCACGCCGGCAAGCAUGAGAUGCUGCUCAGGCCGCACAGCCGAGUCCAGGUGUUUGAGGGUGCUCAAGACAACCUUCCAGACCGUGAUGCUCUGCGGGCUGCACUGGCCAUCAGGCAGCUGGCCGAGGGACUCACAGCCGAUGACCUGCUGCUUGUGCUCAUCUCAGGUGGGGGCUCAGCCCUGCUGCCUGCCCCCAUCCCGCCUGUGACGCUAGAGGAGAAGCAGACGCUCACCAAGCUGCUGGCAGCCCGUGGAGCCACCAUCCAGGAGCUGAACACCAUCCGGAAGUCUCUGUCCCAGCUCAAGGGUGGGGGACUGGCUCAAGCCGCCUACCCUGCCCAGGUGGUGAGCCUGAUCCUGUCAGACGUGGUGGGGGAUCCCGUGGAGGUGAUUGCCAGCGGCCCCACUGUGGCCAGCGCCCACAAUGUGCAAGAUUGCCUACAUGUCCUUAAUCGCUAUGGCCUUCGUGCAGCCCUGCCACGUUCUGUGAAGACUGUGCUGUCUCGGGCCGACUCUGACCCUCAUGGGCCACACACCUGUGGUCACGUCCACAACGUGAUCAUCGGAUCCAAUAUGCUGGCACUGGCUGAGACCCAGCAGAAGGCCGAGGCACUAGGCUACCGGGCUGUUGUGCUGAGUGCAGCUGUGCAGGGUGAUGUGAAAAGGGUGGCCCAGUUCUAUGGGUUGCUGGCCCGUGUGGCUGGAACCCGCCUUACCCCGUCCACAGCUGGGGCUUCUGUGGAGGAGGAUGCAAAACUCCAUGAGCUGGCAGUCGAGCUUCAGCUCCCAGACCUGCAGCUAGAGGAGGCCCUGGAGGCCGUGGCAGGGGCCAGGGGCCCAGUCUGCCUACUGGCCGGUGGCGAGCCCACAGUGCAGCUGCAGGGCUCAGGCAAGGGUGGCCGGAACCAGGAGCUGGCGCUGCGUGUUGGAGCAGAGCUGGAAGGAUGGCCUCUGGGGCAUGUUGAUGUGCUUUUUUUGAGCGGCGGCACCGAUGGGCAGGAUGGGCCCACAGAAGCUGCCGGGGCCUGGGUUACGGCUGAGCUUGCCAGCCAGGCUGCUGCUGAAGGCCUGGACAUGGCCACCUUCCUAGCCCACAACGACUCGCACACCUUCUUUUGCCGCCUUCAGGGUGGGAAGCACCUGCUGCACACAGGGAUGACAGGUACCAACGUCAUGGACACCCACUUCCUGUUCCUGAGGCCUUGAAUCUGGCAUAGUUCACAUUUUGGGAAUCUAGAGGAGGCUUCCAAAAGCGGACACUUUGGUGGUCCCCAGGGUUUUACCAAGCCACAGGGCCCUCUCCUUGGGCCCUCACACCAUCUGCCCAGGGCUUCUCUAUCCUGCCUGUCCCCCACAGUGAGACUGGCAGAUGGGGGCUCCCCUUCAUCCCUACUGCUUACCAUGGCAGCAGGCCCCCUGUGGACUGAGAUAAGCCCCUGGGCCAGUUCACUGCUCUUCCCUCCUGGGUACCCCUCUCUGCCAAGCCCCUCAGCUUGUGUUAUCUGUGGAGUGAAGCAAGAGACUGCAAAUAAAGAAGACCACACUAUG